AUGUUGGAAUGUUUGCUCUGUGCUGGGUCGGGGGUUGUGCGGAUUCGGGAAUACCCCAUCGAUGUCCAAAGCAACCAGCUGCCCUUCUUGCGGAAUCCAGAUAUCUUGGUGGGAGAAAAUGACCUGACUGCCCUUAGCUAUCUACACGAGCCUGCAGUUUUGCACAAUUUAAAGGUCCGUUUCCUGGAGUCGAACCAUAUCUACACUUACUGUGGUAUUGUGCUUGUUGCCAUUAAUCCUUACGAACAGUUGCCAAUCUAUGGACAAGAUGUCAUCUAUGCCUACAGUGGCCAAAACAUGGGGGAUAUGGACCCCCACAUCUUUGCUGUGGCAGAAGAAGCAUAUAAGCAGAUGGCCAGAGACGAGAAGAACCAGUCCAUCAUAGUCAGCGGGGAGUCUGGAGCCGGAAAGACUGUGUCAGCCAAGUAUGCCAUGCGCUAUUUUGCCACGGUCGGUGGCUCAGCCAGUGACACCAACAUCGAAGAGAAGGUCCUGGCGUCCAGUCCCAUCAUGGAGGCCAUCGGAAAUGCUAAAACCACUCGCAAUGACAACAGCAGCCGUUUUGGGAAGUAUAUUCAGAUCGGCUUUGACAAAAGGUACCACAUCAUUGGGGCCAACAUGAGGACCUACCUGCUGGAGAAGUCCAGAGUGGUCUUUCAGGUGAGUGGUGUGACCGAGGUGGUUUUGUAUUUUUUCCUCGUGGAUGAUGUUUGUUUCCUCCCGACCCACUCCCUGUGCCCAAGGAGCAACGCAGCUUUUGAGCCCGGAAUUGGAUAUGCCUGUUCUUUUGGUUUGGUUUUCUUUAUUUUCUUUCAUCAAUAAAAGUUUAAGUGCUCC